GUCGUUGCAACUUUCCUUUUCAACACUGGACGUAUUAUAAAAGCAGUACACAUCUUUAACGAAUGUUUGGUGCUCCUUAACGGUAAAGCCCUAGAGACAAUCAAAGAACUUACCACACCACUUGUUAUCAAAUUUUACCUUAUACUUCUUGAUGGCUAUACUCGUGUGUACGAUCACACCCGUGCGAUAGAAUGUGGUAAAACGCUUCUAGUGACACUACACAAUAGAGGCCAAAUAGAAGUAGAAGGGAUGACAUUACUGAAACUAGCGAACAUCUACUAUAAAACAAGCAAAUACGAGGAAGCAAAACAGUUUUACGAGAAGGCACUCAGCAUCAUGAUUCAGACCGGAAAUAAUCGCAGAGUUGGAACAUGUUACGGAAAUCUAGGAACCGUGUUUCUUUCUGUUGGUCAAUAUACCAAGGCUGAAGAAUACCUUCAAAAAGCACUAGUGAUCAGAAAAGAAAUCGGUGACAAAGAAGGAGAAGCAGCAGAUUACGGAAAUCUAGGAACUGUGUUUCAAUCUGUUGGUCAAUAUACCAAGGCUGAAGAAUACCUUCAAAAAGCACUAGUGAUCAGGAAAGAAAUCGGUGACAAAGAAGGAGAAGCAACAGAUUACGGAAAUCUAGGAACUGUCUUUAAAUCUGUUGGUCAAUAUAUCAAGGCUGAAGAAUACCUUCAAAAAGCACUAGUGAUCAGGAAAGAAAUCGGUGACAAAGAAGGAGAAGCAUCUGCUUACGGAAAUCUAGGAACUGUGUUUCGAUCUGUUGGUCAAUAUACCAAGGCUGAAGAAUACCUUCAAAAAGCA